AUGUACGAAAUUCAAAAUGUGCCAGGAAAGGGGAAGGGUCUCAUUGCUACUCAAGCCAUUCCAAAAGGCACCCGCAUCAUUUGCGAAAAGCCCAUCAUUACCCUACCUGAGCCCACGACAAUGAGCAGGGCGCAGCUCGCGACACUGAUCUGGAGGCAAGUUGGUGCCCUCAGCAAUCAUCACCAGCAGGGAUUUCUGGCCUUGCACGCCGCUCGUACCUUCGAAAAUGUUGUGCAAAAAUAUCUUGAAAUUGUUGAAACGAAUGCCUUGCCAGCUAAUGAUGGCGAGUAUGGUAUCUUCCUCCAAGCAUGUCGCAUCAACCAUGCUUGUGAUUACAAUGCCCUGAAUAACUGGAAUAAAAACAUUAAACAACACACAGUUCACGCCUUGAGAGACAUCGAGAAAGGGGAGGAGAUCACGAUAUAUUACAUAGGCCGCUACUGGAAUCGCGUAACCCGAAUUCGGACACUCCAGGAACGCUUUGGAUUCAUAUGCUCUUGCGGUCUAUGCUCUUUGCCACCAGAUCAAAGCCAAGGAAGCGAUAGGAGACUGGGCCAAAUUAAUCAAUUUGACGAUUUAAUUUGCAAAGGUGGUUUUCAGGGAUUUUUGUCUAACCCUCUCCAAAGUCUUCGCUACGUGGACCACCUGCUGCAAGUCUACAACGAGCAAGGUCUGAAUGGCCCGGGCUUGCCGACGGCCUAUGUUUGCGCCGCACAUAUUGCUAUCGCUCACAAUGACUUGGCAAGGGCUCAAAUCUUUGUUGGCCGAGCCCUAGAUGGAUGGAUAUGUCUCGAGGGCGAUGAUAGCGACAAGGUAAUUGAGCUCAAGGCUCUGGCACAUGAAGUAUCGCAAGAUGAGCUGCACGGGUUAUCGAUGAAGUGGAAAACAGCCGUGAACGACGUUCCCCAGGGCCUUGACCCAGCUGACUUGGAGGACUGGCUUUGGCGCAGAGAAAAGCCGAGACAACCAGGGCAGUUGGCUGAUCUUAGAGACCGGACAACUUUUCCUGCAUUUCGUGGCCUCCCACACGACGAGUCAUACCACUUUCACGAUCCCAACGAGCUGGCGGGCCAUUCGCGACGUAAUUGGUGCUUUUUGGCGGAAAUCCGGCAUGUAACCGCAUUGAUUCGUCUGCAUUUCGAGAUGAAAGAUGUUGAUGGAGAGACACUUCCAUUGUUUUUUCACACUGAUAGUCGGGGAAUGGAGCUGGAACGAGCACGGGUCAAAGAGGGAUUCACGGUGGCAAUUCUACAAGCGAAACAACACUCGUUUGCGUUUGACAGACCCGGAAUUCGCCACGAGCAACCUUCGCGGAUUAAAAUCUUCCCCGUAUCUCUUGACAACCUGAUGGCAUUGAGCGAUCGAAUCCAACAGUUCUCGGUGGAGGCCAACGGUACACGAAUGUGUCACGGCUGUGGGACGAAAGCGGCCUCUUUGAAACAGUGUGGCAAAUGCCACAUUUUUUGGUAUUGUGGACAGGACUGCCAAGUUGCUGGAUGGAACAAGAACGGACACAAGGCUGAUUGCAAACUUCUCAAGGAUGAGGACCUUCGGUCAUUGUUUACCACUGACUGGGACAAGUUCGAGAGUGGUAUCCAAUUUCCGCUCAGCAAGUAG